UCGCUACUUCCGUUUAAAGCAGGGUAUAAACACUGAAGAGCGUCGCGACGUUGUGUGUGCGGUCGAGGCAGGAAGGCCAGUAGAGAGGUCGUUUCAUUCGAAUAUCGGUCACCGCCGCUGCUUUGUUAAAGUCCUUCCUGAGACUAUACACGGGGUUUCAGACUGACAGUUCAACGCCGUCUGCUUUCGGUCCCAGAGGAUGAGGGAGAGAGACCGACCCGCCGCCCAGAUCAUCAAUGGUCACCGCUUGCCGGGAUCCUUCUCAGAAGAGGUCUACCGGAGCGGCCUGCGCUACCAGCCGGAGGAAAGCGACAUCAUCCUGGUCACCUUCCCCAAGUGCGGUACUCACUGGGUGCUGGAAAUCGUCAAGGCGUGCUUCCGAGUCUGCAGGGGUGUCACGCCGGGAUGGAGCUUCCUUGAGAUGAAUGGUCUAGAAGGCAUUCUCAAGGCCCAGAGACCGCGAGUCAUCUACACUCACCUGCCCUUUCACUUGACAACUUUCUCGCCUUCCACUAAGUACAUAUACGUGGCCAGGAACCCUAAAGACUGUUGCGUGUCUUUUUACCAUCACACGAAGGCAAUUCCCGGUUACUGUUUCCAAGAUGGAACUUUUGAAGAGUAUUUUGAGCUUUUCGUCGAGGGCCUCACGGACUGCGGCAGCUACUAUGAGAACCUACUAUCUUGGUUUGUAAAGAAAGACGAGCCUAACGUGCUGUUUCUAACCUACGAGUCGAUCCAUGCUGACACAAAGAAAUCGGUGCUGAAGAUCGCUGGUUUUUUGGACAACCAACUCGCUAAGGACCUUGCGGAAGACGAAGCAAAAAUGACGGCUGUAGUUGAUGGUACGAGCGUGGCAAAGAUGAAAAAGGAUUGGGAAGCACAGUUCGUGAGGAAGGGCGUUGUUGGAGACUGGCGGAAUUACUUUUCGGUAGAACAGUCACGGCGACUGGAGGAAAGGUUCUUUAAGGAAAUGGAGGGCACUUCUGUGCCAAGGCUUUGGGAUGGCGUGGACUGGCUUCUGGACCGUAAGGACGUCGUUUAGAUGUUUAUGGCCCGGUAGCGUGCUCCAGCAGGAAUACUAAUGGUCCUGUCUUCACUUGCGCACAAUAAACACAUUUCCUGCUGUAAUGUCGGUAUAAUAGUGAUAAUAUUAAGAAGAAAACAAUAAUGACAAUAAUAUUAUUGUCACAUACAAUUUCUGAAACGCGGGGCGUGGCCAGUCCAGAGUAUCCUAUUGUCGCAUCGUAACGAAUAAGACUGGUCUAACAUGAGAGUAGCAGAACUAAGCAAGAAACGCGAAGGGUUACACCGCGCAUUUUACAAGAUCUCAGUGAAUGCAGUUCACACAAAAUUCGCAUGUGUGGAUACUGUUUUGUCGGAGCAAAUAAAGCAACAACAAAAAAGUA